AUGACGGUGGGAACGCAGCCAACCGAGUUUGAGCUCUUUGUGCCAGGCCGGUACAACCACGCCAUCGUGCCGGGCCGCACCAUCGUGGUGGGCACGGAGCAGGGCCUGUAUGCGCGGGUCGCUCCGCUCGCCGAGCCGGUGCUGCGCCUGCGGUCCACGCGCGACGACGGGACCACCCUGGAGACGGAGCUACCUCUGGAGGAGGCGGGCCUGGCCAAGGAGGCGCAGCGCGGCGGCUUCUGGUCCUACGCCGCCGGCACUGCCUACCGGCUGCUGGUGGACUUUGGCGUGGGGGGCCUGCGCAUCGACAACUACAGGACCACGCUGCCGCUGAAGAAGGGCCUGUCUUCUUCGGCGGCGCUGUGCGUGCUUGUGGCGCGCGCCUUCAACCGGGCCUACGGCCUCAGGCUGACCACGCGGGGAGAGAUGCAGUAUGCUUAUGAGGGGGAGCGAAUGACGCCCUCGCAGUGCGGCAAGAUGGACCAGGCGUGCGCCUUUGGCGUCACCCCGGUGCUCAUGACGUACGACGGCGACGUGGUGGGGGUGGAGGGCGCCGCCGUGGGCGCCCCGCUGCACUACCUGCUGGUGGACCUGCGCGCCAGCAAGGACACGGUGGUCAUACUGGAGCAGCUGCAGGUCGCGUUCCCGCACCCGGCCACCGACGAGCAGCGCGGGUGUGUGGAGCUGCUGGGCGCGAUCAACGCCGACAUCACGGGCAGGGCGCUGCAGCUGAUGGCGGCGGGUGAUGCUGCGGCGCUGGGCGCGCUCAUGAGCGAGGCGCAGCGCGCCUUCACCGCCCGCGCCGCGCCGCUCUGCCCCUCCCAGCUCACCAGCCCCGUGCUGCACAGGGUGCUGGCGCACCCGCCCAUCCAGCCGCACAUCUAUGGCGGCAAAGGGGUGGGGUCGCAGGGCGACGGCACUGCGCAGCUGCUGUGCAAGGAUGCGGCGGCGCAGGCAGAGGUGGGGCGCAUCCUUACCGAGGACUUUGGCAUGAGCUGCAUGCCCUUCACCGUGCCUCCCACGGCAGGCAAGGGCGUGGCAGGCCCGCCCGCCACCAGCGCUUCCGCAGCAGCCGCGCCCCAGGCGCACGCCAAUGGCGGCGCCGGCAGCUCCGGCACCGGCCUGCACGGCCAGUUGGCAGAGAGGAUGGACGCGGUGAAUGCCAAGCAGAAGGAGCUGGCGGUGGCGCGGCAGCGGCUGGCAGAGGUGGAGGUGGCCAUCCAGGAGGCGGCGGCGGGGGUGCGAGCGGCGGCGGCGGCGGCAGAGGUGCAAGCGGCCAGCUGA